UUUAUUUCUUAAAUGUCCAGUACGUAUUUGCUGACCAUAUUUGUUGCUGUUGCUUUUGUGAUCGAAUAUUUUACCCAAUGAUUUUACCCCGUUAUUUUUGACAUAGAAAAGUUUCCUGCAAUGUGGAAUAUUGGUUCCACUCAUGGUUCCACAAUACACAAAAUCGAUCGCUAAAUCGAUUUUAAGGAUUAAGAUUAGCGAUCUUCGAUGUAUCAAAUUUAUAGAGGACUAAAGUAAUUCCCUUGCCUAGUUGCAUUGGCGGUUGAAGUCAGACUAGAGUGUCAAGAUUAAGAAUGGCCUCUUGUGAAGCUAUUCGGAAGAAUUUGCACGAGGAGAAAACAUUGGUUGGUAUUAUUUCAAAAGAUUUUCUACAAACCAGGGAAUAUUUGGAAAAGCUUGCAAGACUUUGUCCAUCGGCAACAUUCCUCAUCAUCAAUCAUGAAGAAAUAACAUCAGAUUGCUUAAAAGACUUGGAAAUCUUAAUUGCAGAUCCUCCACUUGUCCGUGAAUGGAUUUAUCAGUUACCUAGGUUAAAAUGGAUGCAGGCUACAUAUGCUGGCGUAGAUAAUAUAAUCCACUGUAUUGAGCCAUGUAAUGUACCACGGUAUAGUUUGACCAAAUUGAGUGGAACGUUAGGUGCGAGCAUCGCCGAGUACGUUAUGGGUCAUGUGAUUGCGCGCGAGCGAAAGUUCCUUCUAUGCUCGGAGUACCAAAAAAGUAAAUCCUGGUGUCCGUGGGAAGAAAUGAAGUACCGCGUACUUUCAGAUUUGACUAUUGGUAUUCUUGGUUUUGGAUCCAUAGGAAUUAUUGCAGAAUACUGCCAUAACAUGAAGAUGAAAGUCUUUGUUAUCCAUCGGGUUGUACCAACUUCUACCUUUUCUUACGUAGACAAGAGUUUUGGUAUAGAAGACUUAGCAGAAUGUUUAAAAGAAUGCGACUAUUUAGUCAGUAUUCUACCAAGUGCUGAGAGUACGAAAGGACUGCUUACUGGGGAGGUCCUCGAAAAUUGCAGGGCUAAGAAAACAGUUUUCAUAAACGUAGGUCGUGGGGACCUGCUGGACGAAAAGAGUAUUUUGAGGGCUCUUGAUGAUCAAUGGAUUGGUGGAGCUAUCUUGGAUGUCUUUGAAAGUGAACCCCUUCCAAAAGAAAGCGCUUUAUGGUGUCAUCCUCAAGUUUUUAUUACUCCUCACGUCUCUGGUCGAGUCAAUUCAAAUAUGGUCUUGAAAGUGUUUGUGGACAAUUUUCAACUCUAUAAAGAUGGAAAAGAACUUAAAUAUCUUGUAGACUGGGAAAAAGGUUACUAAACGUUUGGUGGGAUAUAUUGACCAAUACGCUAGGGGUAAGUCAGAAUGAUUAGCGACUCAUUGUAAAUUUAAUAUAUUAAUACAGCAACGCUUUUGCUUCGAAUAUCUAGCAAAAAUAUUAUAAACAGGAUUACUAGUUAUAAGUAUUUUUAAUUGGAAAUAUAUUUGUAGCUAUAUUUAAAAUGACUCUGGGUCGUCUACAAAAAUCCGAUGACAAUUAGACGCAAUUCAUCAGGACUAACUCAAUUUAUUUGAGUUUAAAAUGGUUUGUAUUCGAUGAGGCAAUUAAGCCGUACGCUAGAUAAAAGCUCAACUUCGUUUAUAGAAUCUGGUAAGUUAUAAAUGUAUAUAAAACAUUGC